AUGAAUCUAAGCUUCCUCUUCUUCUGGACAACCAAGACAGCAGAAGACAAUGCCUGGCACCCUGUACCCGGUCAAAACCCAACCAAAUACGUCGGAAAUCUGCCACCAUUGAUUAAAAGACAAGAUCUCGAAGCAGCAUGCGUUGAUAUAGCGCCGUUUGUCGCCGGAGCAGGUGCCCUAGCUUACAUACGACAACUGAACGACUUUGGCUUCACAGCUUCGGCAAAUGUCUUCCAAAACCCCAGGACAUUGAUGGCUAUGCAUAGAUCAACCUUGAUCGUUACACCGGUUGUACUUCUGUGUCAAGCGUUCGGCGUCGAGUACAGGCGUUUCAUCCCACGGUGGAGUCAGACACGCGAGCGUGGUCGAGACGAAGAGAUGGUGCGUCAGCAAGUUGGGUUUGGCAUGCUUGCUGGUGUGGCGAUUUGGACGCUACGCAUAUAUGCCUUACGUCGAGGUAGAACCUAUUGGGCUCCCAUCGAUGUUGUCAUGGGCGGUGCACUAGCGGAUGUCAUGCAUAGAGAGUAUGUGAGGGCUCACGGGUAUUGA